UCCUCUUUUUCCUCCUAAUUCACAAAAUUUUAUGCUGUAAAAUUAUUGGAAGAUCAUCAUCAUAUCUGCCAAUCCAACUGCUUUUCCAAGUCCAACCUUACCUUCGCUGGACCUUCCAUCGUCUUCUAUAUAAAGACAAGAGUAUUGUCACACUGUAUCAAAAGUAGUCUCUUCCUAAUACACCCGGAAAAUGGAACACCUUCACAGCCUUCAUGAGCAAGCAAAACUGGAGAAAAGCAAUGGCCAACUAUCCCAUUUGUUCUUCCCCUUCUUUAAAAUCUAUCAAGAUGGUCGCGUUGAAAGAUUUAUGCACACCGAUCACGUCCCACCCUCCGACGACCCCCUUACUGGCGUUAGGUCCAAAGAUGUAAUCAUCUCGCCGGAAACCGGCGUCUCAGCGCGUCUCUUCAUCCCAAAAUUACCCAACCCCAAUUGCAAAUUCCCCCUCCUCAUCUACAUCCACGGCGGAGGCUUCUCCAUACAAUCCGCUUUCAGUACGAGCUACAACCACUAUGUCAAAUCUCUGGUCGCGGAGGCCAACGUCAUCGCCCUCUCCGUCGAUUACCGUCUUGCGCCGGAGCACCCGAUUCCGGCUUGCUACGACGAUUCAUGGGCUGCCGUUCAGUGGGCGGCAUCGCACGCUAAUGGGGAUGGACCUGAGACGUGGCUGAACAACCACGCGGAUUUUAGCAGGGUUUUUUUCGCCGGGGACAGUGCCGGAGCGAACAUAUCGAACACACUGGCGGUCCGGGUCGGGUCAAGCGGACUACCGGGUGUGAAGGUUGUUGGUGUGGUGUUGGUGCACCCUUAUUUUGGGGGUACGGGUGAUGAUCAGAUGUGGCAGUACAUGUGUCCGAACCAUGGCGGGCUGGAGGAUCCGAGGCUGAAACCGGGUGCAGAGGAUCUCGCUAGAUUAGGGUGUGAGAGGGUGUUGAUGUUCGUGGCGGAGAAAGAUCAUCUGAGGCCCGUCGCUUGGGAUUACUAUGAGAAGUUGAAGAAAAGCGAGUGGAAAGGGACGGUGGAGAUCGUUGAGAACCAUGGGGAGGAGCACGUGUUUCAUCUGAUGAAUCCCAAGUGUGAGAAUGCCGCGGGUCUGAUGAAAAAGAUUGUUUCCUUCCUCAACCAAGAGUAGACUUUUCCACUGCUUUCGAGGGGGAAUGUUUGGACGCGGGGUUAAAUAAACAAUUAUUAAGAGUAUGUCAUGCGCUCUGUAAGGCUGCAAGCUUUAUGCUUGUAAAUUCCUAAAUGUUGAAAUAAAUUCCUGAAUAAAUUACUAACAAUAAUAAAAAUUGAAAAUAAA